AUGCGCGCAAACACGACGCAAAAGGCCUACGACGAGGCUUUCCUAGCCUGCUCCACUGCUGUGUACUUUGAGAGCCAGCACAACGAGAAGGAAGCCCUGCGAUCAUGGAGGAGUGCACUCGAUCAGAUCUACUACCACAACGCCCGUCGCAACCCCACCACCUACCGUCCGUCGUCCGAGACAGAGCGAGCCUUGGUGGAGUCCUUACGGCAGCUGGAACUGCAGUGCAAGGAACGCGUCGACCUGCUGGAAGCACUGAAGAAGAGUAGAGAGGAGUCAAAGGAGAGUCUUUCGAGCACCGAUGCCCAAGCUCCCACCCCGCCUCCGCAUGGUGCGCCCCUAGGGCCCUCCGACACGAACGCCUCGUCAGAUUGGCUUGGAGGAGGAUCGAUACCGCCUGUUGCCCAGAGCGACCUCGCAAGACCACCCCCGCUACCCAGUCGGCCCUCGAUGGCACCGCGCAAGAGCUCUGGCAACAUGUCGAAGCACCGGAUCAGCAGCCUGACGCAGACAAUGAGCAACUCCUCUCUCAACCCUGGACCUUCAGACGAUAAGAAGUCGCGAACACCAUCGCCGGACAAGAAGGGUAGCAGGAUGCUGCGGACACUGAGACCGAACAAGGAUGGCAAGCCGGCAAGCAAGAUGCCCAUGUCGAUGAGGUCACGGCCUGAGGCAUCGAAGGCUGCAACACUGGCAUUUGGAUCGAGGGCUGCCGCAUCAAGCUCGAAUAGAGCAGGUCUGAACGCACCGAAGGCAGCGACCCCUCCGGUUAAUAUUUCUCCCCGCGCGUCGAUGGAGAUGCCUGCUGCAACACCACAGGUUGAGGUACCGCUCGUGCAUCCCUCUGGGCAAGACUCGCCUAAACCAGCGCCGUUCUACUUUCAGACACGCGAAGGGUCAGGAUCUACUAAUUAUGCUGUGCCAGCACCCAGGAAUAAUAGCGAUACGGAAAAGCCAAAACAUCCUCCAAUCCCCCGCAAAGCCGCGCCUGCCCCGCCGCCAGUACCUUCGAAGCCGGCCGAGUUGAUCAGAAACCACUCGUCACAGGCGAGCAAAGCUCUGCCUCCGUUGCCAGCCUUUCCAUCAUAUCGAAAGGAGUAUCCUCCAGCGCAACUGGAUCCCCGACUCUUAGCAGCAUCGGCGGCAGCACGAUCGUACAGUGACCUAGGGUCGACCAAGUAUGGUAAUAAGGAAGUCGAUGCUACACGCAGACCGUCAGCUACGCCUACGACACCAAGCAAUAUCAGUCGAACGCGGAAUGUUCGGAGAGAGCCUUCUCCAGAGCCAAUACCAUUGGCCGAGGACGGUUUUGACGACGAGUCUCGACGGCCACCCCAUCGAAAGGCGAGGAGACGAGGAGAUUCGAUGCGUGCAGAUCUACCUCCAAACCCCACUGCUGAAUUUGGCGAAGGUGGUGAGACACACGAGGAGCCUGAUGAGUGGAAGAGCAAGACGGAGGAGAUACUGAAGAACCUCCCUCGAGGCGUGGACAAGCAAUCAGCGCAGAACAUCUUGAACGAGAUCGUGAUACAGGGAGAUGAAGUGCAUUGGGACGAUGUGGCAGGCUUGGAGAUUGCAAAGUCGGCGCUGAAAGAGACGGUUGUAUAUCCAUUUCUCAGGCCGGACCUGUUCAUGGGACUGCGAGAACCUGCUCGAGGCAUGCUGCUUUUCGGACCACCAGGGACCGGAAAGACGAUGCUAGCGAGGGCGGUGGCUACGGAGUCCAAGUCGACCUUCUUCGCCAUCUCUGCGAGCAGCUUGACAUCCAAGUUCCUCGGUGAGUCGGAGAAGCUUGUCCGCGCCUUGUUUUCGCUGGCGAAAAUGCUCGCUCCGUCUAUCAUCUUCGUCGACGAGAUCGAUUCGCUGCUGUCUUCAAGAGGAGGUUCGUCUGAGCACGAGGCCACACGGCGCAUAAAGACUGAGUUCCUGAUCCAGUGGUCAGAUCUGCAGAAAGCCGCUGCUGGUAGGGAAACAAGCGAAAAAGACAAAGAGACAGGCGAUGCGACGCGCGUGCUUGUGCUUGCAGCAACGAACUUGCCCUGGGCCAUCGAUGAAGCGGCAAGGCGUCGAUUUGUCCGGAGACAGUACAUCCCGCUGCCCGAAGAUUUUGUCAGGAAGCAGCAGGUCAAGACGUUGCUGAGCCACCAGAAACAUGACUUGAGCGAGAGGGACCUGGACCGCUUGGUCGCGCUCACAGAUGGUUUCUCUGGCUCUGACAUCACUGCACUUGCGAAAGACGCCGCAAUGGGCCCCUUGCGUUCUCUAGGCGAAAGCCUUCUCACCAUGACAAUGGACGAGAUUCGUCCCAUACAGUUCAAAGACUUCCAAGCUAGUCUACGCACCAUCCGGCCAUCUGUUAGCAAGCAGGGUUUGCAGCAACCUUAUACUGACAUCGACAUGGCACCUCGCAAGAAGACCGAGAAAGAAGAGAAGGCAACAGGCGCCGAGGGAUCAGACAUGAUCCUGCACUAUCUGCGCGAGACAAACAGACCCUACUCCGCCAUCGAGAUCUCGGCCAACUUACGCAACAAAGUCACGAAAGCCGCCGCAGCAAAGCUGCUGAAGGACUUACACGAGCAAAAGCUCAUUGAAGGCCGUCCGGCUGGUAAGCACAUCACUAACAGUACCCUCCAGAGUCCCGACGACGCCGUCUCCCCCGACCAGCUCGCCGAGUACGACACCCGCAUCGCCGCCCUCACCACGCAAACCACCGACCUCCACGCCCUCGCCAAAUCACUCCGCGCCACCCUCGCAUCCUUGACCAGCUCUCUUAGUGCAGCGGACAUACUAUCCGCCACCUCCUCGCUCGAGUACGAGAAAGCCGAGAUCGAGACGAGGCUGGAGAGUCUGAGGGCUGGGAAGGCGAAGAAAGUCACCGCCGAGGAGAGGGCGGAGGUGGACAGGGAGUGGAAGGUGCUGAUGGGCGUUGAGAUGAGGAGGGAGAAGAUUGCGAAGGUGAUGUGGGGGAUGGUGGAGGAUGGGACGGAGAGUAGGGAGAUGCUUGCGGAUCUCAGAGAGGGGUGGGGGUUGGAUGAGUGA